AUGGCUGCUUCAGUAACUCAAAACCCAGCUCCCAAGCCAGAAUCUAAGUCUGCGAAGAAGAAGAAGGCCAAGACCGAAGCUGUAGAGGUUCAAAAGCCCACCGAACCAACAGCAGUCACCGAGAAGGCCCCCUCCAACAGUGCUGAAGAGAGCACCAAUGGUGAUGGAGCAUACGAAAGUCCAUAUAUCAAGGAGCUCUACAAGAGUAUUCGUAAUGUCAACAAGAAGAUCACAAACGCUUCCAAAGUUGACAAUGUCCUCGCCGAAAACCCUGGCAAGAGCUUGGACGAGUUGGUAGCUACUCGCAAAAUCAACGCUGAUCAAAAGGCACAAAUCUUGAAGAAGCCAUCUCUCCAGGCAUCUUUGGCCCAACUUGAGGAGCAAAUCGCACAAUAUAAGAAGUUCGACCAAGAAUACAAGACUAAGCUCCAGGUAGAGAAGGCUGAAUUCGAGAAGACUUUCAAUGAGCGUGCAAGUAAAGAACUCGAGGAGAAGGUCCACGCUGCUAAGGAGUCAGUUGCCAAGGAGAAGGCUGAGGAACAGGAGGCCAAUUUGUUACUCAUUACUAAAUUCCUCUGUCUCGCUGCUUUGCGCCGCAGCCCGGAAAAUGAUCCAAACCUUGAUGAGAACAAGGGCAUUGAAGGUCUUCUCACCCAAGUCUACAGUGGUGAUGAGGCUGCUGUAGCUGCCAUGACGAAGAUCAUCCAAGGUUCCGAGGAGAUUUGUUCCUCCGUCAACGGCGAGGAACUCACUACGACCUAUGCCGAUAUUAAGGCUAUUGCGCUUGCGCUACCAACAACACCUGCCGCUGCCGAAUUUAUCGAGACCGCUGAAGAAGAGACAACCCAAACCGAAGUCGCCGAGUAUCCUGUUCAAAGUGACCCUACUAUCGCCAACGCCGGUUUGACCGAAAUCGACGAGCCUGUGACAAGUGCAAUGACCAAUGGCCAUCAAGAACCAAGUUUCGAGGAAGCUCAAGGACUCCCUCAAAACUCCACUUUUGGGGAAGGAGGAAAUGCUGCGGCAGAGGCAAAUUGGGACAACAACAACGAUUUGUCCACGUCGCAAGAGUGGGUCGAGGUUACUCGCGAAACUACUGAGACUGAGACUGGCGUUACUGCUACUCCUGCUGCCGCUCCUAAUACUCAAAGUUGGGCCGAUGAACAGCCAGAGAGCCCCGGUUCAAAGACUCCUACUGCCCCAACUACCAACAAUGAUGGCUUCCAUGAAGUCAGCCGUAAUCGUGGCCGUGGAGAGUAUCGUGGUAGAGGAGGCAGAGGUCGUGGUGGCUUCAGAGGUGAUGGACAACAUCGAGGAGGACGUGGUCGAGGUGGUCCACGUGGGGCUCCUCGUGCCCCAAGAGGCGACUCAUCAUAG